UUUAAUUCCUGGCCAUUUUUAUGACAGGAAAGUCUUCAUGACUGUGUAAAGCCUUUCUCAUUGAAGAAAAUAAAUGGAAUAACAUUUCUGAACUUAUCAGAUUAUGAGAUCACGUCACUUCGCAUAUCACAAGAGAGUAAGAGAAAACUGACAAAAGUGCUCAAAAAGAUAAAGGCAAAGAGAAGAAAUGUCAAUAAAAGAUUUGAUGGGGAAACAUCAAGGAUUGAAGGGAGAAAAAAACCUUCUAUACCAGCACAUGUACACGAUGACCCUCAUGAAGAUGCAGAAAGUGACGGCUGGUGUACAGAUGAAUUUUCUGAUGACCCUGAUGAGGAAGAUGAGGAGGAACAAAGUGAUGAUGACUCAGGCGGAGAAUACAUUGAACCAGAAGGAGAUGACACUCUUAAUCAUACUCCAGGUUCACCAAGUAAGGAAGUUGCUAGUGUUCCCCUUGGUCUGGUUGCUCAAUUAAAAGCAGGUUUGAAUGGAACCAUUCGAAAAAAUGCUUUUAUGGGUCCUCCCACAAGUCCACACACCAAGACUACUCCAUCACCAUUUGAAGAUGAAGAAGAUCAGAUAUAUGAUGAACCACCAGAUGGUGAAGAAGACGAAGUUUAUGAACAACCGAGUGAUGAUUCUGGAGGAGGCAUUGUAGUCCGCCCAAUGUCGCAUAGGAAAAUAAUAAAAUGUGAUUCUGACAAGGGAGAAUAUCUUGACGCAAGGGCCCCAAAGUACGUCGACAAAGACAAUGCAGCAGGUACUCCUCCUCCUCCUCCUCCUGGCCGGCCUCCAAAACCUGGAAAUUUAAAGGGAAAAAAGCCUAUGCCCCCACCAGCGUCAAUGGAGCAGGAAAUUUAUGACGAGGUGCCAGAAGACGAUGAAACAGGUAGAACGCAAGUUGUUGAACCUGACCAAGAAACAUAUGAGGUGCCAGAUGAUGGAGGCCAGGAUACUGGGAAUUCACAACAUGAUCAGUCAUUCUCUGAAACGUAUGAAGUACCUGAUCAAGCUGAUCAACAAGAAACGUACGAGGUGCCAGAAGAACCAGCACCAGCUCGGCCACCACCAAGAAAACCAGGGGGUGUGUUUGGAUUGAAACCUCCAAUGCCACAAGUUGAAAAAGCUAAAACACCAUUGCCUAAAGAAGUACCAAAACCAAAACCAGCUGUCAAACCUGCAAUAAAUCCUAAACCUCAAAUCAGCCCAAAACCAAAUACUGCUGGUCCUGCUCAUAACAGUCCAAAGCCAAAUCCUGCUGGUUCCGCUGGCCGAACAUCAAGACUUUACCCAACACCUAAAGAUACAAACACAGUUUCUCCUGAACCACCAUCACCAAAAAGGUUGUCUGGGCUGCCUCCACCUGGAUCAAGACCUGCAGUUAUUCCUCCCCCAUCACAAGAAUCAGAGAGAAACAACAAUGAGAUUCCUAAAAGUACUUCCUCUCCAAGGAUUCAGCCACCAGGUAGGAGACCAAUUCCUCCUCCAGUUGAUGACACACCCCCUCCCCCACCUAGGCCUGGCGUUAAGCCACCACCUCUUAAGCCUCCAAGACUAAGUGACUCUGAUAACCAAGAUGACCAUUUUAACCCACCUGGGAGGCAAUUACCAGCCACGAAAAUGAAUAAAUCACCACUACCUGCACCACCUGAACCAAAGGCUGUCGAUCCGCUAAAACAGUCUCCUUGGUUCCAAGGACCUUUAGAUAAAAAAGUAGCUGAAAGUGCAUUAAAAUCUUUCUCCAAGGAAGGGGCAUUUAUUGUGCGGAACAGCUCCAAAGAUCAAAAUAACUACUCCAUGUCUUUCUUUUUCCAAGGGAAUGUGAAACAUCUCAGAAUGCCUCGGAUCAAUAACAGAUUUGUGCUUGGAGACAGUGGGAAAGUGCAAUUCAGUACUAUAAUUGAAUUGGUUGACUACUACAGCCAACACCCUGUUGAUCUGAAGUCAGGAGGCUCUACAUGUCUUACUGCCGCAUGCCCGGUGAGGUUAUGAUCAACCGACGGAUUCCAGAAGAUCCAAUGUUAUUAGAAUUCCACUACUAGGUACCAUCUGCCUUGCAGAGACAACCUGGAAAUGUUUCUGUUAGGCUGUAUUCCCGACUGAAGCCGGAGAGAUGUCGAGGAAACGUCAGGUUUCAGUUUAACUUAAUGUUACUAGUGUAAAUAUAUUAAUUGCACAAAGUGCUUGGUAAUUUAUCGCGUUGGAACAUGUGGGGGCUAUCGUUAAGGACGUUUAUUGGUUUAAGAACAUUAACGAAUCGAGAAAAAAAACUUAUGGUCUUUUUCUCUCAUCAGAUUCAUUCAUGCCUGUCAUAAUUAUGUUUCAACUGAAAAACGGUCCCUAUGUUAAAUUUAAAAAAAAAAAAAAA